UAUUAAGGGUCAUUAGCUUAACAAAAAUAAGCUGUUAUAAAACAGCAGAAAUAAGCAGCCAGAAGUGUACUAAUAAAUAAAUAAACAAUUUAGUUCAUUUGUUCUAGCAGUCGUUCUUGCAUUUAGAAAAAGUAAAGCAAGAAUGUUUAAAAAGUUUGAUGAAAAAGAGCAUGUUUCUGGUGUUACUCAGUUGAAAUCAUCAGUACAGAAAGCUAUCAGAACAAAGCUGCUAGAACAAUUUCCCCACUUAGAUGACUACAUGAAUCAAAUUUUGCCUAAAAAAGAAAAUUUACGUGUGGUCAAAUGCCAUGAUCACAUUGAAAUCAUUGUUGGUGCAAACGGCGAGCUUCUGUUCUUUCGACAACGAGAAGGACCCUAUUUUCCAACACUUAGACUUUUGCAUAAAUAUCCAUUUAUCUGUCCAUGGGAACAAGUUGAUAGAGGUGCUAUUCGUUUUGUUCUUAGUGGGGCUAACAUAAUGUGUCCAGGUUUAACAUCUCCUGGUGCUAAAAUGACAUCAGUACCUAAAAAUACUGUUGUGGCUAUAAUGGCUGAAGGAAAAGAACAUGCUUUGGCAAUUGGACUUACAUCAUUGUCUACUGAAGAAAUAGCUAAAGUUAACAAAGGUAUAGGAGUUGAAAAUAUUCAUUAUCUUAAUGAUGGUCUUUGGCAAAUGAGAACUGUAAAAUAAUUAAUUUAAUAAAAUUAUGCUUUUGAUAUA